AUGACCUCCAUGAUUCAUGAUGAACCUGUUGCUUUGGAUAUUCGACAACGUGUUUCAGGGCCGCCAUUACCUCCAGGACCCGAAGGUAAACCUGAAUUCAAGUUAAACCCCGGGGAACGGUAUGGGUGGUGGGUCGAAAAUGAUCGUGAAGAAGAAAGACGUCAGUGUGCUACGGUUCAUGGAGCAGUGAACAACUUCAUGAUGCCGAUAUUGCUUGACACCGGAGUGACUCUGAUUAUGAUCGGUUUGGACCUUGCACUCAAGACCAAGUUAAACUCACAGAAGCGGAUCAAGGUGUCAGGACUAGGUGGCGUCCCAAGUUAUAUCACUUCGAGUGCACAGAUUAAGAUCAGUUUAGGAUGGCGAGUUGUAUAUGUCAUGGACGUCUGGGUAACGAACAUCGGAGAAGGAGUGGAUGUACUCUUAGGAAUUGAUUUUAUGUUCAGUGCUGGAGUACGCCUAGGUAUUCGUGAAGGAAUGGUAGGUCUCUCGGAUGAAGAAUCCAUUUUGAUGUACGGGUAUACCAUACGAAGGCGUGAAUACCGGGAUAUCCCAGUCUGCCCCUUCGAGGAUUGCAUCUGCGACCCGGAGAACGUGCAAACGUGGCCAUCCAAUAUGGACAAUGUCGCCCGCUCCAAGAUGUCGUAUGGGCAAACUAGGGGAUCAGUGGGUCACCCAAAUUUGUUGUUUUCGACGCAAGAUCCGAUAAAAGUGGUCAACGUUUCGGACCGAGAUUGUUGGAUCGAUCCUAGGACACCCGUUGCUCGGAUUGCCGAGUAUGGGAAUAUCCCCAUAGUUGGACAGUUCAUUAUUCAGGAGAACACAUUGCCCGCGAAGGCGAGGGUGCGUCAGGAAGCGUAUAAACAGAUGCUUCGGGAUACGGUUCCGCCUGCAGUUAUGAUUCUCAAGUACAAGUUGUCAACGAAGUUACUAGUAAGGCCAAGGGAACCUGAGCGAGCCCAGGUUACGAAGAUUGUGGAAGGGUUGCAACCGCAGAGAGACGCCGAGGGCGUGGAAUCAGCUGAGGAUGCUGCAACGAAGUUACUAGUAAGGCCAAGGGAACCUGAGCGAGCCCAGGUUACGAAGAUUGUGGAAGAGUUGCAACCGCAGAGAGACACCGAGGGCGUGGAAUCAGCUGAGGAUGCUGCACCUGGAGCACACUCCCCGAACGUGAUUGGCUCACCCAUGGCUGUCGAAGUUUCGGCUGAAUUGGUCACCCUGGAUGCCAACGCUAGGAUGGCGGAGAGGUUGCCAAUUCGGGAUCCUGUGGGGAAGUCCCAGACGAGAUGGCUGCGAGAUCUGAAUGCGAUGCAUUCCAGGAUGACCCGAGUACAGAAGACGCCGAUUUCGGGUUACCUUCGUCUGCCAUGCCUGGGACACCACUCGCAAGACUUGAUCCGGCAUACGCCAGUUGGUUAUGCUACCUGGUUGGAUGAUCUCUCUCCUGAAUGUGAUAUUGAGGCCGCUGACGUGGGGGAACCUGGUGAGAGCACGGAGGCUCAAGAAAUGCAGCUGAAGGUCAUCCUGAAAAGACACCAGAAGUUCUUCUUAGGUGACAGAAACGCUGCCCCGCCUCCGGCGAGGGGCGUCAUUUGUGAUUUAGAUGUGGGUGAUGCCAGGCCAGUUGCCCAAGGACCCCGAUCAGUCGGUCCGCACUUAGCAAUCAAGGCGUACAAGUUGCUGAAGAAGCUCCUGGAAGCUACACUGAUUGAACACUCUGAAUCACCAUGGGCAUCCCCAAUUGUGAUCGUACUCAAGAAGAAUGGAGUGGACAUUCGAAUGUGCAUCGACUAUCGAGUCGUGAACAGCUUCAUUCAAUUGUCGAACUACCCAUUACCACUGAUUAACGAUCUCAUUACUGGUUUCGAAGGGAUGAUGUGGUUGAUGAGUCUUGACAUGGCAAGUGAUUUCUGGGUAGUCCGAAUGACUGAGAGGGCUAACCUGAUCUCGGCGUUUACCUGUCCAUUCGGGCAUUUCCAAUGGGAUGUGUUAGACUACUUAAAGUUGGAUCCUCAGUUGCCGAGUGAUGAAACGAAUGUAGGACGCAGUAUGACACAACUCGUGGAACAAAUGACGGUUUUCAGGCGUAACAUUCCCGCACCAUCCCAAAUGGGGUCAGUCUUAUGGCGCAAUUCAUAUAUUGAUGACGUCGCGCAUGGGGCGCCCACGUGGGAUCAACUAUGCGGUGAUCUAGAUGCGUUGCUUUAUCGGUUACGGUACUGGAGCGAGUUCGGAAGCGUGUCAUACCGUACCUCUCUCAUGAGAUUGGUGCUGAAGGAAUACUCAUUUCUAGGCAGCCUGAAUUACUACCACAAAUUCAUUGAAGAUUAUGCUGUGGUAGCUGCCUCACUCUAUGAGUUGACCGAUGAUCACGUAUCCUUUGAGAUCCUGAAGAAGAAGAUUGUGUCUACACCUCUACUCAGACAUCCAGAUCGAACGAAACCUUUUGUGAUGAUCCCUCAUGCAAAUCAGUGGGCUGCUUGCUCAAUGCAUGACGGACUUGUUCAACACGUUCGUUUCACGGGGCGUGUCCUGAGUGACGCCGAGCUCAAGUAUCAUAUUGCUGAGAAGGAAGUUCUCGCUGUGAUGCGAGUGCUCCAUGUGUUCAAGUAUCUGAUCGAAGGAUGUCCGUUGAUAAUACACUCGACAUUCAGUGUUGAAGUGGGUCAUCAAUUCCAAGACCGCCGAAGGCCGUCUGGUGCCAUGUACGACUUGGAAAUUCGAAAGGUCAGUCGAGAUGAGGAUGGGUUAGCCGCCAUUAUGGGUGCACGUAUCACUCCCAGGGAGCACUUGGAUGAGGUCGCCGAAGUACUCAUAUUAGCCAAGGGGUGCGUCAAACCGCCUCCUGUCGUGAGUGUCGACAUGCUCUCAGAAGAGUAUUCCGGAGUAGUCCUGAGUUUCAAUGGUGCGGCCAAAACUUUCACAAGGAAAGGCAGCUGCGGAUGCAUUCUGUGGCAGUUACCUGAAUGGAAGGUUUUGAAUGCCCGAGGGUACAUCCUGGAUGGAGUCAACGUCAACGACGCGGAAUACUUCGGGCUGCUUAAAGGACUUGCAAUGGCUUUGGAAAGAGGAAUUCAGGACAUCGUCGUGGGUGACUCGAGAAUUGUGAUUCAACAAGUCCAAGUUCUGAUUAAUUGUAACCAGCCAAAUAUCCAAAGGAGGCUAGCUGAAUAUGAAGCGCUGAAGAAACGUUUCCAGACGAUCCGAUUGGUACACAUGAAGCGCGAGUUCAACCAGGCGCUGAUUACCUGA